AUGGUGAAUAUCAUUAAUAAAAGGGCGUUUAGUGGAAAUAAUAAUAAACAUGUUGUAUGGAAACAGUAUUUGAUAUCAGUUUUCGCCAGCCUUCCUUUCUUUACCUAUGGAGUAGAAAAUGAUUUUCUAACCGCACCUACAAACUUAGGACUCGUUAUUAGCACUUUAAAUGUACCAUGGAGUACAGUAGCCUUCAUUGUCGGUUCAAUAGUCACUGCUCCAAUACACUGUUUUAUAAUAAGCAAAUAUGGAAGAAAACUUGGCAUCUAUAUAGUAGUGAUACUACAAGGGGUGAUAUGCAUACCGUUAUUGAUUUCUUCGACGGAUACAGGAAUAAUAAUAGUUCAGGCUGCAAUUGCUGGUGUAUCUACAGGGGGAUUGUUUAUUAUAGUACCAAUAUACGUGAGGGAAAUAAGUGCAGACCGAAUUAGGGGACUGACAAUUUCACUCAUGAUGCUAAUGACCUCUGCAGGCAAUGCGAUGAAGCUGGUAUUGUCAUUUGAUUCGAUGCUGUAUUUGAUGAUUGCAUUAGUUGCAAUCGAACUUGUGACAGUGUUCUACAUUCCGGAAAGUCCAAGUUAUUUUGUGAAGAUUGACAAACUACAUGAUGCCAAAAUCAGUGUAGCAAAGCUUCUUUGUUUAAAUCAAGACGAUCCUUCUGUAGCGAAUGAAAUGCGCCAACUCAAAGAGGACAGUGAAAGGGCUAAAUCAAAUGGAAAUUUGUCUAUUUUUGUGAUUCUAAGGAAUAAACUAUGGAGGGAUCAAAUUAAAAUUGGAUUAUUCUUAAAUACAACGACAAUUUUAAGCGGGUGCAAUAUAUUUCUCAAUCAAGACAAAAGUUUGGCACAAUUGGAAACUGAUAUCGAUCCUCAAAAAUCAUUAGUUCCUUUAUGUUUGUUGGUUGGUGGCCUAACAUGUGUUGUACUUGUAAAUUUUUUGGAAAGAAGAUAUCUGAUCACAUUCUCAUAUAGCAUCAUGAUAUUAUCAAUGGGCAUCUUGGCAGUUUUUACACAAGCAGAUCUCACCGUGACAUCUCUCACAUGGUUGCCAAUCGUGGCGUUGGCAAUUAUCGUCUUCAGCUAUGGCAUGGUCUGGAAUUUGCCUAAUGUCGUCCUAGUUGAAAUUCUGAAUUUAGAGAUACGAGUAAUGCUUAUAGGGAUCGUUUUCGUAUAUUCUCAAAUUAUAAAGCUAGUACACACUCUAACGUUCCAAUAUCUGGAGGAUUACGUUGGAAUCUACUCGCUACUUUACUUGUUUGCUUGCAUCAAUAUACUCGGCGCUAUAUACGCGAUAUCUAUGAUACCUGAUAUUAAAAACAAGAGUGUCAAGCAAAUUGAAAAACAGAUGCGAAGGGUUCCGUUUUGA